GUUUCUCUGCACUUUGCUGUUUAAACCGCAAAUAGUGACUCUUUAGUGUGGACAUAGAUUAUCCGUAGGCUAUUAUAAUCUAUGGAUGGUGUGGAUGAGUGGCUAUCUCCGUCGAAUUCCAUUCACAUGUAAUGUAAGGCUUUGAUUGGACAUUCCGAUCAUUUCACGUCUGCCGUAGCAACACACACAGAGCAGUGGGAGUGCAAUCCACUCGAUCUUUUGUUCAACCGCAACUCCCCUCUCACUGGAUCUCCCCUCCGCCGGCUGUUAGGUUUGCGAGGGCCGGUGUUAUCGUGCGCCUGCCGUGGAAAGACGGGUUCGGUGACGUCCAGCAAGUCAGGGGGCGACAAUAUCUAGGAGAACAUCAUGGCAGAGUUCCCAGCCUGUGCCCAGACAAUGGUGGGCAAUAACAUCGGAGCCUGUUUCCUCCAACUCACCGGGGCGGCCAUCACUGUGAGGUUCACCCAAACCAACGACACUGCCUCGUGGCCCUACAACUGCAUCAGACAGUUUCGAGCCGACGAAGACACAAAACAGUUCAGCUUUUUUUCCGGCCGCCGAGGACCCUACGGAGUCGCAGAGUACAAGUUUGAUAUGACGGAAAAGAUGUUGCUGGCACUACAAGACGCGCUCACUCAGUUCACCGGUGCCCAGUUUGGUCUGGGUCAGAUCUCCACCCCCGGUACCGGUAUUGGGAACAUCGGAGGAUGGACUGGAGGGAAUGGGGUAGGGGUACUCCCACCUGACUCCACCCGCAGCCCGAGACGAGACCCGCUACCCCAGAUCCCCGGUACCCCGCCCAGUAAUCAGGAGUUGCAUGCGGGGUACUCCACUCACAGGGCACACUUCCAGCAGAUACACUCAGCCUCAGACGUGUUUGCCACCCUCCCCAAUCCUCGCAAUCGUCAAGAGUCUCUCUCUUCUUCCGUCGGCCGACCGCUUGUCCCGGCCCCAUACGACUCCCAGACAAUGGACGCCAGGAGGAGAAGGGGUGCCCCCUCAAUCAACACUAAAUAUACCUACCACGAGGUCGUUGGGAAUUUCCCCCAGCCGGCUGGACUUUCUGCAGGUUCUGCCGUUGCAGUUUUGAGUGGAAUGGGUCGAAAGAUGAGUCACGGAGACGAGGUCUUUGGCUCAAGAACCAUGCAGAGCCCUGUCAGGAAUGCCAGGUUGGUGAGGCAAUAUACAGCCCCCACUCAUCGGACAAGAAACAUUUUCGAAGAAACAGACUCCCCUGCACAGAGUGGGGUGUUCAGUCCACCACCAUCUGAAUCAGCUGAAGACGGAUCCUCCGAUUUGGAUUUCGGACUGCUCAGAAGAAGCUCACCUCAGGUUGAUCGCAAGAACACCACCAGACGAGGUCGCAUCUCUCCAAACUCACCUCAUGACGACGUGUACAGUGUCCCCCGACCUUCCGGCUCUACCUCGAGCCCUCCCCUCAUCCCACCCAACACCUCGACUGACACGCUCUAUCAGGUCCCCCGUCCAAACUCUGUCGAUCAUCUCUCGCAGGAAUCGGCCGAGAUCCCCGCGUCGUUUGCCAUCUCCCCGACGCAGAAAGACAACGUCUACAGCGUCCCCAAACCAGGGAGCGAUCUCUACAGUGCUCCGCGACCACAGAGACAGAUGAGCAGGGACGAGAUUCCAACCACACCAGAUGUGGGUGGGUCAGUCAUAUACAAUGUCCCUUCAUCCAGACCAUUACCUAUACAACAGCAGCAGCAGCCGGUUCAUCCGCAGAUGGUGAGACCGCCAGAAAGCGGCCAAGAGCUUUACAACACCCCCAGAGCCGUGGCGUUAAAUGGUCACGAUCACCAAAUCCACACGUUGGCCAGCACCCACCAGAUUCCCACAAACACGCCCCAAACUCCGCAGAAUGGUCACGAGCUCUACAACGUUCCCCGCUCGGCCCUAGAGAGCACUAGACAAGAGGAAGACGAAGCACUGUACAAAGUCCCCCGAUCCCUCGAGGCACCCCCAGACUUGUACAAUGUUCCAAAGCCAUCACAGACUCGGUCAAGCUACGACACCUUGCGCGAGGUGCAGAAUAGUGCCGACUAUAGAGCUAAUAAAGCUGGGAGCAUCCCCACAUCUGCCACACCUGUUCACCAGCAAAACAUCAUCAGACAACCCAUCCCUACACCAGAGCAAGAAACAUACAGCGUUCCUCGACCAGCCAAUCCUCCCUCCCCAGUCGGUGGAAGAAGAGGAGACACGGCUAAUGGAAGGAAGUACCCCUAUGAUUACGUUGAUCAUCGAAUCCCGAGGGGUGAUAACAGGGGCGUCCUCAAAUCUUCACGCAGUCUCGAGUCCCUGGUAAGAAACCGAGUCACCCUCAGCCCAGACUCCACCCUUUCUUCGCAACCCCACGGGCUUGCGCAGAGGACGCCCUCCCCGCGCUCACUCAAUCACAAGUACAUAGAAAUAGACGUGGACGAGUUCAGAGAAACUUCUCCUUCCUCUCCGUCCUCCACUGGUAAGAGAUUUCACCUUCAGCCACAACAACAAAGACAAGAGAACGUGUACGCAGAGAUUUCGGAAUCUGAGUCAUCUGCUCGACGUCGCGGGUCACACCCGGAGAGCACCGGCCCACAGCAGGUGAAUGGUGGACCGGCAUAUACCGCUGUCAAUAACACACCACUACCAACGCAGCAAAGUAGGGUGUACGUACCACAGCAGAGCAACGGUAACAGUCUCAAUGUCAGUAAGGAAGCAAGGGCCCUGCACGAAGAAGGAUACGAGUUGGUUCUGCCGGCGGACGAAGCGGCUAGAAACCGCACCUUGCAACAGCAGAAACAGGCAACUCUACCUAUGAACAUCCACCGCACGCAGUCCGUGUCUACUUCUUUCAGCCGAAAUACUCACCAUCUCGCAAACGGGGGCCACCCUCAUGUUGGCGGAGAUACGAGUUUCUCCAAGUUCAGUACCUCAGGACCACAGAACAAUGGUACAGGGACUGAUGAGUAUGUCAUUGUCAAUCGUCGGGACAUGAAUCUGCCACCCACUCAACCCAGGGACAUCCCCGUUCCCCUUCUCCACGACAGUGGGUUCUCUGAAUCACAGGGUCUAAAUACAGGGACACCCUCGAGGAUUCUCUUUGAGGACGAAUAUGAAGUCAUGUCUCAGUCAAGAGGGACACAGUGACCCGACAGCCUCAGUUUGCAAUGGUCCUUCGGUACCCACCAAGAAAAGGGGAUCUGUCCCAUCCUCAAAUGGGACUCCCACUGGUGCCCGCAGUAUCAAUCGCAGUGUCCGGGACUCCCUCGAUUUGGACAGCAUUGACAGCGGUAGUCGAGCUAGCCUGGGGUCAGGAAGCCACCUGGACGAACUGGUGGGCUCACUAAGCCCAAUUGAUGCAGGGGUUCCCCCGAUGCCUCCUCCGCCCUACAACGGCAAUGGUGGUCCCGGGAGGAAAAGUGUCACCAGAAUCGCCUCUGGAAGUCCUCAUGACAUCAGCCUGUCGAAAGAACUCAAGUUCCACAGCAACUCGGUUGAGAACAUACUGGACGAGGAUGAGAAGAACCGGAAGUACGAGAAUGUGACGGAUGAAGAUCUGGCAGCCAAACAUGCCCUCUCUGCCAGCCACCAGCAGUAUCCUGCUGGGCACCACAAGAAACCACCCAUGCCUCUGCCUCGCCCAGCCCGGCUUGUACAAUGAGCAUUUUUUUUCCUCUCCAUAUGUUGUAUCAUAGCUUUUUGUGUCAUUACCUUCAUCGAUUUUUGUGAUAUUUUUUGUUAUAGCUCUCUGCUUUUUUUGGUGAAAGUGUGUAUUAUAAUCGGGUUUCAGCUGCAUCCGUUCAUUGUUUUGUUCUCUUGUAUAUAACUGUCCUAAAAACCUUUCCCUCAUUAAGUAUGGUAGGGCUGAAGGUGUCGCUAUAAGCGCAUCUAUGGCAAGCGAAGUGUAACAAAACUAAAUGGCACGUUC